GCUUUCACAGAUUUACCGCCAAACUUGUACCCUACAGUAGGGCUUCAAACACCAGGAGAGGUUGUGGAUGCUAAUUUUGGACAACACCCGUUUGUAUUUGAUAUUGAAGACUAUAUGCGAGAGUGGAGAACCAAAAUUCAAGCGCAGAUUGACAGAUUUCCAAUAGGAGAUCGGGAAGGAGAGUGGCAAACAAUGAUUCAGAAAAUGGUAUCAUCUUACUUAGUUCACCAUGGAUACUGUGCAACAGCAGAGGCAUUCGCCAGAUCCACAGACCAGACUGUGCUAGAAGAAUUAGCUUCCAUUAAAAAUAGACAAAGAAUUCAGAAAUUGGUUUUAGCAGGAAGAAUGGGAGAAGCCAUUGAAACAACACAACAGUUGUAUCCAAGUUUACUAGAAAGAAAUCCUAAUCUCUUAUUUGCAUUAAAGGUGCGCCAGUUUAUAGAGAUGGUGAAUGGUACAGACAGCGAAGUGCGGUGUUUGGGAGGCCACAGCCCAAAAUCUCAAGACAGUUACCCUGUUAGCCCCCGGUCCUUCAGUAGUCCUAGCAUGAGUCCCAGCCAUGGAAUGAAUAUUCACAAUUUGGCAGCAGGCAAAGGGAGCAGCACGCACUUUUCUGGGUUUGAAAGUAGUUGCAGUAAUGGAGUAAUAUCAAAUAAAGCGCAUCAGUCUUACUGUCACAGUAAACACAUGGCCACCAGCUUGAAUGUACCAGAGCUCAACAACAUAAAUGUAUCAAGAUCACAGCAGGUUAACAGCUAUCCCAGCAAUGAUGUAGACAUGGAAACAGAUCACUACUCCAAUGGGGUUGCUGAGACUUCAUCCAAUGGCUUCCUAAAUGGUAGUUCUAAACAUGAUCACGAAAUGGAAGAAUGUGACACAGAAAUGGAAGUAGAUUCAAGUCAGUUAAGGCGUCAGCUCUGUGGCGGCAGCCAAGCGGCCAUUGAAAGAAUGAUCCAUUUUGGAAGAGAAUUGCAAGCAAUGAGCGAGCAGCUGAGAAGAGAAUGUGGCAAGAACACAGCGAAUAAGAAAAUGCUCAAGGACGCGUUCAGUUUACUUGCUUAUUCCGAUCCCUGGAGCAGCCCCGUUGGAAAUCAGCUUGACCCAAUACAAAGAGAACCCGUGUGCUCUGUGCUCAAUAGUGCAAUACUCGAGACUCACAAUCUGCCAAAGCAACCACCGCUUGCCCUGGCCAUGGGACAGGCGUCGCAGUGUUUAGGACUGAUGGCUCGAUCGGGGAUCGGAUCCUGCGCGUUCGCCACAGUGGAAGACUACCUCCACUAGCUAUGCAUUCGGAGAGCUGCAAGGUGGUGUGCCAUGUUCCGCACGGAACGCAGACCAGCUCUGCUGACUGGAAUUUGGAAUUUUAAUUAUGUACUAAGGACAAGUCUGUCGCUUUAUGUUGCUUCCUAGUUUACAGCAUGAUGCAAAUGAUUUCUAACUUAGUGUUAGGAGAGAAUUUCCAUCUUGAAACCUCUUAGACAACUAAGAGACGAAAGUGUCACUGAUAAUGUCAGACAUCUGAAUUGACAAGUACCAAUCCUUUAAACGAUUGUCCGAAACAAACCAAAAAUCCUGCUGCCUUGUGGUGGGACGGGAGAGCAGAACUAACCAUGGAUGUAUCAGCAUGCGGGUGAUGUAAAUGUCAAGCAGGAUGACUUUGCCAACCUCCACCCCCAUUGUUACAUAGUUCAAUCAGUGUAAUUUGCAAAAUGCAUCAUAAACACCUGAUGGUUUGGAUAUAUAGUGUUGAUGGGAAGAAAUGAUAUUUUUUAAUGUGUACUGUAAAACUUGAAUUACUCAGGAGCUGAGUGAAUCUGUUUGUUGCUACUUACAAUCCCAACCUGUUGAUCUUAGUAGUUUUUUUGUUUUAACAUGGUCUUUUCAACUUUGUUUCCUUGUUUAACUACAGACAGCUUCUGUUGUGUAGACUCACCAGUUUAACUGUUGUAUUAUAACAGUAUUACAUGUCAACACAGUGUGGUUAUGACCUAUUUAUAUAAAAACCAAAUAUUUAGUCAAUUUACAGUCUUAAUUUAAUCUUUGUACACCUUGCAUUUUUAAAAGUGCUUAAAUAGUACUAUAUUGCAAUAAAAUGUAGUGAUAUCAUAA